AUGGAGGCUGCCAAACAUCAAAAUCACCGUUUGACCGUCUGCAAUCUGGAAGCUGGCAGCUUAACAGCCUUAAUUCCCGUACCCGAUUUCGCCAUAUUCGAGGAUUUAAUGAAUAUGGUGCCCAUGUUCAUGCUUACGUCCAUGCCCAUUCAAAUGUCUGGAAAUCUUCCUCUCCCAAGACUUCAAGCCCAUUGCUCAGUAAUCCCAACGUUUAAAGGCCACAUCUUCGAGCAAAUAAUUGCUCUGAACAUGGGUUAG